GUGACAAUAUAGUUAACGUUAUAAAUGGCAGGCUAUAGUGACUGUAGUACAGUAUCUGUAUGCAACACCUAUUAUUAAUGUUAGAUUGCUGCGAUUAACUUUUCUUUUGUAGUUUGUGAAUAGUGAUGCACGGAUUACAUUCACCCCUCGGGCACGAUGGUUUGGUUUAUGGAAGGAAUGUGCUUUUUACCUACUUUUUUGGUCAUUUGGUCAUCGAGCACGUUCAUAGUUUCUUAUAUCAUCGCAUUGUUUCGGGGAGAUGUUGAUGUUAUCGUCCCGUAUAUAAGUGAUACAGGAGCCGUUCCGCCGGAGAGCUGUUUGUUUGGGUUCAUGUCUACAAUUACAGCCUUUGCAGCAUUAGCCACCAUGUACACAGAAUAUAAGUUUGUGGAGAGGGUACAUGAGACAACGGGUGCAGUGUCUCCUAAUCUGAACAAGGCAUCGUUUGGUUUUGGCGUCCUAUCUUGUGUUGGCAUGUGUUUUGUGGCUACAUUUCAGGAGACAACAGUCGAAUACGCUCAUGAUUUUGGAGCGUUAUUGUUUUUCGUCUGUGGAGUUGCAUACACUGUUCUUCAAAGCGUGAUAUCAUACCGUGGUCAUCCUUAUGGAUCUUCAAAGGUCGUGUGUCAUGUCCGUGCAGUCUUUGCUGGAGUGGCCUUUCUGGCAGCAUUUCCCACCAUUAUCUGUGCAGUACAAGUCGGAACAAGUCAACCUCACUGGACCAGUGAUGAUAAGGAUUACAAACUUCAUAUUGUGAGUGCUAUAUGUGAAUGGAUCACUGCCUUUAGUUUUGUGUUCUUCUUCUUUACCUACAUCAGAGAGUUCCAGCAAUUCACUCUGAAACUGACCGUUAACUUGAGAGAGUGUUUGUGACCCCAACAUCAUACUGUAUUACAUGAGUCAAUUUGUUUACUGUUUGAAAGCGCAUUUUUAAUAGAUUUGUAUUUUUAUACAACUUGUACAUUUUUCAAGUUUUAAAGGUCUGAUAUGGUGUGAUCAUUUGCUGUGUAUAGAUGUGUUGUUUAUACUACAGCCAGUUUUUGAACAUCAAAUUAUGUUUUUUUUAAGGAAUAAAACAUGGACUUGAAACAUACACUUUAUGGGAUCAUGCACCUGCUGAUCAUGAUAUAAAAGAGAUCAUGAUAUAAAAAAAUUAUAAUGCAUUUUAUAACCGAGACAAUAAAAGUCUAUAUUUAUAAAACUUAAAAUGUGUCUUGGAUACAUGUAUACCUCGAUUUCUGUACUACGUGUAAAACAACCAUUGCUUAUGUUAUAUUAGAAUUUCCUGCUAUGUCAGUUAUUUCUGUAUUUGUUUAUCCCUGUAAUUAUUUAAAGCAUUUUACUUCACUGCAGCUAAUAAUGAACCACAACUGUGUUAAGAUUGUGCACUUUAUGCAAUGUGGUCUUGCACGAUGCAUGUCUGAUUUAAUGAUUCAAUAAAAAUACAUUAAAGUGA